AUGUGUUUUAUGUCAUAUUUGAACAGCCUUGGCAAAGACGAAGCUCCUGGAACUGCAUUGAACGAUAUUUUAACUCAGUACAGAGAUGAAGCUUCGAUUUUAGAUACAUCAUUCUCUGGUGCAAAUCGUCAUGUUAUUGCCCAGCGAAUCAUGUUACAUGCUGUCAUUACCCAUAGAAAAUCAGAGAUGCAAGAUCUAGCUGAUGGAAUGAAUGAGUUUGGACUGGUUGAUUUCCUGAAGAAACACAGAGAUAUUGUUCAACCACAACUUUUUCCACAAUCAACUUCUUCUCUUAUUAAUAAAAACAACUUAAAAGGAAUUAUUGAAAUUGAAGAAGAAGAAGAAGACCUUCAUUGUAAUCAACUGAUGUUGUUUUUGAAACAAUACAUUGAUCUAAUUGAUGGGACAACUAGUGGGGCAAAUCGUAAAGAUCUGUUGUCUUUUUGGACUGGGUGUGAUUUAUUGCCUGCAAAUGGUGCAAUCCUGCAUCUCAAAGUUGACAGAACAAAAGAUCGUAAUUUGCUGCCAGAAAGAACAACUUGUUUUCAUUUGUUUGUUCUUCCAUGUUAUGAAAACUUCGAUGAACUGAAAGCAAAACUGGAUAGAGCUUUGCAAUUUGGUUUAAGAGGGUUUACCAAUAUUUGA